UGACGACAGUACCGUAAGCUGUCAAAAGCUUGUUGCUUAAAUCUGAGCAGCGCCACAAAGUGAAGAAGAAAUCGGAUCGGGUAAGCCCUGAUUUUUUUAAGGAGAAGGAAACAACUGAAUAUGUUAUCAAACAGAGGCUGCGGGUACACUUGACAGCUUGUUCCGGUUGAAAACGGUCGCUGUGUCAUCCGUCUGCUCUGGCUGUUGGUGCGUGAAGCCGUGAGGGAAGCUGUUCAUUCCUGAUGAUGAGGUCACUAUCGCAAGUGCCUUCAAAAAGACUAUUCUAGCACAAAUCCCAGUUGGUUCCUCUCACUCUGUUAAGUCAAAUACCAACCAGGAUACCUCAGUUGUUUGCACUCAGCCAGGACCUAAAAGAUCAAAUGUGAGCCAUAAUAUUGGAAAAGAAACAUUUCCCAGGAAUCCACUGAUCUUUACCCUAACUGUUGAUCUCAGUUUUUGCAGAAAAUAAUCAAACUUGUGGUUGUUUUUUUUAAUUUUUUUCUUAAUGAGCAAAUCCUCAGCAACCAGCAUCUCAUUUUUUCCACUCCAGCUGACCCCUUCUUUUAAACGCACAGACGAUCACACACAACAGUAAAUGUGUGAGAAACCUACCCUUUUUUGUGCGUGUCUGUAAAGUUUUGAACAGCGAAGUUUUUACUUUUAUUGUGAACUUUAACCUUUGGGACAUGGCACUGAAUAUGUCCGCAGUAAGAGACACAAAAUGGCUCACUUUAGAAGUCUGUCGCCAGUUUCAGCGAGGAAACUGUUCACGCAGUGAUGAGGAAUGCAAGUUUGCACAUCCGCCCAAGAGCUGCCAGAUUGAGAACGGGAGGGUCAUCGCCUGCUUCGACUCUCUGAAGGGCAGAUGCUCAAGAGAAAACUGCAAGUAUCUCCAUCCUCCGUCACACUUGAAAACCCAGUUGGAGAUUAACGGCCGCAACAAUCUCAUCCAUCAGAAGACGGCGGCCGCUGUGCUCGCUCAGCAGAUGCAGCUCAUGAUCCCUGGAGCCGGUCUGCAGCCUAUGCAGACAUUUCCUGUUACACAGGGACUUGGCACCAACGCCAGUCUUGGUUAUGGUUCUUACAUCACACAAUUGAAUCCUGGGGUGAGCCUCAUCCCCCAAGACCUCCUCUCCAGCAACCCAGUUCUGGUCUCAGGCAGCCAAGGUGUCCCAGUUCAGUGCUCCUCCUCCUCUUCGUCCUCUUCUACUUCUUCUCCAUCGCAGAAGCUUCAGCGUACUGACAAAUUAGAGGUGUGCCGUGAGUUUCAGCGGGGGAAUUGUGCCAGAGGGGAGACGGAUUGCCGUUUCGCUCACCCCAGUGACAGCCCGAUGAUUGACGCCACCGAUAACACAGUCACUGUUUGCAUGGACUACAUCAAGAGCCGCUGCUCCAGGGAGAAGUGCAAGUAUUUUCACCCGCCUGCACACUUGCAGGCCAAAAUCAAAUCCAGUCAGCAACAAGUCAGUCAGGCGGGCAGUGCUGCCGGGACCACAGCUGCAGCCAUGACUCAGUCGACUGCCAAAGCAAUGAAGCGACCCCUCGAGCCAACUGUAGACCUGGCCUUUCCACAUAGUGUUUUGCAAACCCUACCAAAGAGACCCGCUCUUGAGAAGAGCAGCUGGGCGAGCGCUCUCUUUACCCCAAAUUUAUUGCACUACCAACAAGCUUUGGCCAACGCUCAUCUUCAGCAGCCUGCUGCAGGAUUUUAUCCCACAGGUUCUGUAUUUUGCAUGACUCCAGCUAACAAUGUCGUCCCCAUGAUGUACAGUGCUACGCCUGCUACUGUCUCUGCAGCAACUACUCCCGCCACAAGUGUCCCCUACGCAGCAACACCACCAGCCAAUCAGAUCAUCCUCAAGUAACCGUCAGAAACAGAGGCCAGCGGGAUGUUGCUGCUGGUUAAAGCCCUAAAGAUUGUUUGUAAAUAUCGUUAAUUUCACAGCCAACAUACAAACAAGCUGCAUGUUGAUGUCAACACUAUGGAAAAGCCUGCUGCCAUAAUUGGUAUUUAUGAUGAUAUAUCGAAUCUAUUGGCAUCGCAGACGAUUGUUGUUUGUGCACACUUAAGCACCGUGCGUAACAAUGGUUCCCUAAUGGCGUGCAUUAAGGUGAACCCACUGGGGAAGUCGGGGAUGAAACCAUGUGUCAUAUUAUAAAGAGCUCUUUUAGUAAAAGCUCCCAUAUAGAAAAGAAGUAUACAGAAAGGCCUACGGUGCAAAAAAUCUGCAAAAUCAUUAUUCUAACCUAUCUGGAAAACUAUAGAAAGAAUUUUGCCGAAACUGUUUUCAAUGAUGUACAUAUUUGAAGUGGAAAGGAAAGAAACGUCUACUGUUUUAACAGGUUUAUGUCAGCUGCAAAACAAUUCCAGAUUUUGUUUUCUUCUUGAAUGUGCUAUUUAAUGUAAAAAAAAAAAAAAGCAUAACAAAAAAACUCUUGUUUAUGAUUGUUUUACCUAGUGCCAGACUUAAAUAUUUUAAACAAACCAGUGAAAGCACUUAUUUAAACUUUAUAUUAUAAAAUGUAAUCUGCUAGCAGGUUUAUGGUCAUCCCUUUAAAAAGCACUGAGGCGGCUUCUCCGUCUCUGCAUGUCUGUCCCUGUAAUCCCCGUAGAGCUGGAUCAGGGCUCCACCUACUGGUGUGCCUUGGAACUGCGUAAACAGGUUGUCAAAUGCUGUUUAAAUCCAUUUUUUUACUCAUUCUAAACUAUCACUUGAUUGUUCUUGUUGUUGUUUAUGGUAAGACUCACCGAUAGAUCUGCAAGUUGUCACUAAAGGCAUGAACGAAGGCUCAUCAAAAGGCUGUGGAAUUACUGUUUAUAUUCAGACUAAAGGUUUCGUGGUCCUGUAAGGGUGUUGUGUGAGCUUAAUGUUACAGUCAGCAUUAAGUACUGUAUUUUUUUUUAAUGUUACAAGUGCCUGAAAGAAUAGAAAAUGCAAAGACAUCUUAAGCAUAGUUUAAAGGCUUUUAUGUAAAAACUCUUAGUUAAAUCUUCUUUAGUCACAGACAUCAGAGGUUUGUUUUUUUUAAUGCCACAACAGUGCAUUAGUAACUUGUAAUAGUUCUUUUCCAUCUAUGUUCAAAUCUGUGUGUUGUUGUACUCAUUAUAAUACCUAUAAAUUGGCUUUUAUGCUACUUUCUUUCAAUAUUUUGGAAAUAUUAUUAACGUAGUUAACAAUGAGGUGAACAUGCUAUUUAUGGUAUGAGGAGCUAAACAUUUGGGUAUUUUUUGGUUUUUGUGUGGUUAAAGUGCUAUUAUGCAAGUAGUUCUCUGUGAAAAUGACAGCAGACAGAAUGAGAUUGUCCAAAAGAAUACUUACUUUGUCAUUCUGAUGUCUUUUGAUUUGGAACACUUCACUAAAGCAUAGUCUGUAUUUUGUGGUGUGAAACUACCAACCUUUUCUUCAAUGUUAUCUUUUGAAUAUUCUGCAUUUGCUCAUUUUUUUCAUUCUGUAUUCUCCUGAUGAAUUCUUUUAUUAAGAUCAGUACAUUUAUUUUACUAGUUUAGAACUCUUUGGACAUUUAUUCUUGUGUAUUUCAACGAUAAAUGUAAUUUAUGAAUCAGAUUUUAGUUUUGUUCCUGAAAGGAUCUGUUGCUAAAUGACUUUAUGUUUCCACAGGUUGAAUGUUGGAGAAAGAAACCGACAAAAUCAUUUCAUUUUGUCACUGCCUUGUCACGUAAAUCUUUGCAUGAGCAAAUUUCUUGACGUGCUCAAAAAUGAACACUUAAAGACCACAUUCUACACAAAAAUGUUGUGCUUUUAUUAUGUCUUGAAUUUGUAGAUUGUAUUUGAGUGUAAAAAGACCCCAAAAUCGCUUAAUAUCCAGAAAUGUUUCAAGUAUUUUAAUGUGAGAUGAUGGGUUGUGAUUUCCAAACAAAAGGAUUUGGGGAAAUUAAAUUUUUGAUCUUUUGAUUAGAAAGACACGGUCUGACUCAGAGGGGUAAAUGUAAUCCUUUUCAGCACUUUUGCUACAGUCACAUGACUGGAAAUAUGCGCUUAUUAUAAUUUUUUUGGGAACUCUGCCUUAUUUUCCUUCUGUUUCUCAAUCGGUUUUGGUUUCACAGUUCAGAAUUGUUUUAGGAAAUUGCUUCAACUUAAGGUUUCCUAAAGUCUUGAGCCUAAAGCCAUGGUCGCAGAUUGUAUUUCAAAUUCUACCCUGAAAGGCCUCGUGUCAACUCCUUGGUUUGCUUUGAAGCUGCCAAUGAAGGUGCCAUUAGGUUACAAACUGAAAUAAAAUCCUAAUGUUUUUCAAGAAAAGUUGUGCAUAAUUAAACAUUUCAUAUGGACAGUUUUGGUCUGUAAGUUUAAAGUUAUGUCAAAUCUGAUUUGUUGCAAAUAAAUUAUAUGUACCUGAAAUUCAAA